CGGUCUAUCUGUUUGAUUUUUCCAGUUUAUAUUUGAUAUGUUUAGUUGUUAUUUCAUUUCUAUUUUGUUUAAAUGGUUGUUUAAAUCAAUAUUUUGUGCACUUUUAGUAGGCAAAAACUAAAGCUUUGCUCGUCAGUCGUCACUCGAUUAGUCUACAUUAGCACUCAAAAGCGAUUACUCUGGUCUGGAGUCACAUGCUUUGACAGGUAAACAUGGCGGAUGAGGAUCCAAACGCAAAAGUUGAAUGUGAAGAUACUUCUGCUGAAGAAGAAGGAGCAGAGACGAUGGAACCAGGACAGAAUGAUGUGUCCAAUAGCACUGACUCGGUUCGGACGGACAGACCAGCAGACAGCUCCUGGUCGGCGCCGAUUUUGUCGUUCGCUCGUAAAGCGUCGGAGACGCUGAGCAGCGGGGUGAAUAACUACAGCGCUGGAUCACAACAACACAACAACAGCUCUGAGCACGACAAAUCAGCAGCUAUGAAGGAUCCAAUGGCAGUGGAGAGGUCAAAUCUCCUCAGCAUGAUGAAGCUCAGCAUUAAGGUUCUGAUCCAGUCAUCACUGAGCCUCGGACGGACGCUCGAUUCGGAGUAUCCACCCCUACAGCAGUUCUUUGUGGUUCUGGAACACUGCCUUAAGCAUGGUUUGAAAGCGAGGAAAUCUUUCAUUGGUCAAAAUAAAUCGAUCUGGGCUCCUCUAGAGCUGAUAGAGAAGCUUUGCCCCGAGUCCGCCGACAUCGCCACCAGUGUACGGGAUAUGCCUGGACUCAAGACAGGACUCGGACGGGCUCGAGCUUGGCUGCAUUUGGCUCUGAUGCAGAAAAAAAUUGCAGACUACCUGAAAGUGUUUAUAAAUAGGCGAGACCUUCUUGGAGAGUUUUAUGAGCCCGGGUCUCUUAUAAUGGAAGAGGAAGGGGCUGUGAUCAUAGGCAUGCUAGUGGGUCUCAAUGUGAUCGAUGCCAAUUUGUGUGUUAAAGGAGAAGAUUUGGAUUCUCAGGUGUGCGUCAUUGAUUUCUCAUUGUACCUGAAAGAUCCGCAGGCAACUGAGACCAAACAGGAUGAUGCAAAAAUGACGGCCAUCCUUGAUCAAAAGCACUACAUUGAAGAGCUGAACCGUCAUCUCAGCUGCACGGUGACAGAUCUUCAGGCUAAGAUGGACUCGUUGGAGAAGACCAACUCCAAACUCAUUGAGGAGCUCACAGCGGCCACAGACCGAAUCAAUGCUUUGCGUGAAGAGCAGGAGGAGCUUAGAAAGGAGAAUGCAAAUAUUCUCCAGAGCAGCCAGAGAAAAGAGGAGGUGACUCUCCAGGACAGCCAAGUGGAGUUGGAAACAUAUCGACAGACACGGCAAGGUUUGGAUGAAAUGUACAAUGUUGUCUGGAAGCAGUACAAAGAGGAGAAACGAAUCCGGCAGGAACUGCAAAAAGAGCUGGAACUACAGAUGGGUCUCAAGCAGGAAAUGGAAGUGGCCAUGAAACUCCUGGAAAAGGACAUUCACGAGAAACAUGACACGCUGGCUGCACUGCGACAACAGUUGGACCAGCUGAAGAACAUCAACUUACAGAUGUUCAACAAGGCACAGGAGUCUGACCGAGUGUCUCAGAGAAAAGAAGAGGAGAAACUACAAAUCGAAAAGAAGUUGAUUCAGAUGGAGGUGACCAUGAAAGAACUGGAGCAGAGGCUUCAAAAUUCUGAGAAUUUCCGCAAGAACACGGACGAAAGCCAGAAUGAGCUUAGGUCAGAGAUGAAAGGGAAAAUAAACGGUCUGCAGCAGCGUCUCGCUGACCUGGACACGCUCAGGGCCGGACUGGAGUCUGAACUGAGCAAUGAGAAGGAACAGCGGCAAAACAUGCAGAAAGAGCUGCAGAGAGAACAAGACAACAGCGCAGAGCUGCGCACACAACUGCAGCAGCUGCAGGGCCUGCAGACGGAACUGCUUGAACUACGGCAGGAGAAGAAGCAACUUCAACAGCUUUGUGAGGAGCAGGAACAAGCCCUGCAGGAGAUGGGUCUCCAUCUUAGCCAGUCUAAGCUCAAGAUGGAGGACUUUAAAGAGGUCAACAAAGCAUUGAAGGGCCAUGCCUGGCUAAAGGACGAUGAAGCCACACAAUGCAAACAAUGCCAGAAAGAAUUUUCAAUCGCACGGAGAAAACACCAUUGCAGGAACUGUGGAGAUAUUUACUGCAGCAAUUGCUCCAGUAAUGAGCUUGCUCUGCCCUCGUACCCCAGACCGGUGCGCGUCUGUGACGUCUGUCAUUCUCUUCUGCUCCAGAGAAGCUCCAUCGGGUCCUGACGACGCUCACAACAUCUGCUGAUCAUAUGCUGUGCAUGUCUUGUAAGAAAAAUACCAAUGCAUCAGGUAGCAGCUCUUGAUGGUCAAAAGGGGGAAUAAUUACUACUAAAUGAAUUCAGUUGCGAAAUCUUUAAUGUUCAGGAAUUUAAUAAAGCUAUUUUUACGUAAAUUAGCCAUGUAUUGAAUGCAAUAGUUCAUUACGUUGAUUCUUUACAUAAGAAUGAUGGUCACACUUUAUUUUAUGGUGCCCUGGUCACUUCAGUCAAAUACAGUAUCAAAAUUAUCCCAUUAUUUACUCAAGCAAUCCGAGAUGCAUAUGCCCAUCAUCUUUCAGACAAACACAUUUGGAGUUAUUUUAGUAAAUGUCUUUGCUUUCCAAGCUUAAUAAUGGUGGUAGAAAACAGGGAUCAGGGAACAACUCAAAAGUGCAUCAAUCUUUCACAGAAGUAAUUCAAACUGCUCCAAGGGGUUAAUAAAGGUCUUCUGAAAGUAAUCGAUGCAAUUUUGUAAGAAAAAUAUCCAUAUAUCAAACUUUAUAAACUAUAAUAACAUGUAACAACGCCAUUUUGGACUCAACAUCAUUCACUGUGCAAGCGUACCCAUGGCAACCAACGCUAAAGCCCAAUUUAUAGUCGUGCGUAAGCUGUACGGCGUAGCUACGCCAUAGGUUAUCUGUAGCCUGUGCGUAGCCUAAAAAAUGUUAACAGCGUGUCAGUUCUACGUGAACCGCAAGUCCACCAGAACCCCUUCCGUCAGGUAAAAAAACUGUGUCAUAUGUAUUUCCGUUUGCGACGGUGAAAACAAAGAUGAGCCAAGUUGAGGAGUGAUUUAACUCAAACUGCAACAAAAGUCGCUGUUUAUUUACUUCCAUCACUGCUGGUCUUCUCAAAUCAUACACAAGUUGCUGUUUCUUCUUCGUUUGUGGGUUAACUUGCCAAGCUGCUUCUUCUUUGACGGUUGCGCUGCUACUGUGGUUACACGAGUGGAUACUGCCCACCAGCGGUCUGCGCGGACGACGUCACAUUCACACGUGCCAUAGGCGUCACCGCUUGACAGAAGGCUUGUCUGAAGCGUGCCCAACGGCCAAUCACAGUGGCCGCAACGCAUGCUCCGGUCUUCCCUAAAUGUAAUUGGCUGGUUCUGCCUAGGUUAUUUGCAUAAGCGAUCUGAUUGGCUGACGCACCUGUUGCCGCUUGAACAGUUGGAAAAUGUUAAACUUGCCGCAAGCAAUGGCACUGACGCGGUGCUGACGGAUCCACAAUUCAGUUCAGCAACGCAUGACGUCACCCAUUAAAAGGGAAUGGGAAGCGUUAACACUUAUGCCCUGUGUGAAUUCACUGUAUAUGAAAACCGACGCAGAACCUACGCGCAACUAUAACGAGCCCUUUAAUACACCGAAACUCCAAGGCCCUCAUUUAUAAAGCAUACAUACGCACAGAUUUGAUCGUAAAGUCCAUAUUUAUAAAAACUUUCUUUGACGUGAAAAAGUGCUUAGCACCACGUCAGGGUCUGAGCAGACAUACGCACUUAUGCUUGUCAGAUUGCUGUAGUUUUUUUGGAAAUAUAAACCAAUAUUGCUGCUUGAAAAGGGUUUAAACCGGUGUGCCUCAUAAGUCUUGAAAAGUGAAGCCUCUGGCUCUUUGAUCACCCCCUGGUGGCUGGCUGCAGUACAAGUCAUAACCCCGCCCUCUCCAUUCAAACAAAUGGGACUCUGCUCUAAAUAAAAAAAAUAUUUACACUUCCAAUAAAAGUUUCCGAAAGAUGGUUUUGGUCCUUUUUAAGUAGUUGUUAUCACGCUGAUAUAUGCUCAAGUGUUCAUUUUUGUGAUAACUUUCAUUUUAGCUAGUUAUUUGAUGCUAUAGAAACGGGGCGUGUCGUUAAGAUUGGCGUGGUUGUAUUGGUCGCGCGAGCGUUUGUGCGGAAGUUUGAUACCACAGCUCCGCCUCUGUCUCCACGGACGAUUCCUUCUGCGCAUGCCUUGGCUCCAAACUGACGUUUUUUACGUAACAUGGCGGCGACCGUGGUCGGACAUUUUUGGCUUCAAUUCAUUACAAUGGAGGGAGGCGAUGUCGCGUCGUCCAUCUUUUUUUACAGUCUAUGGUUUAAACAUUGACAGAUGUUCUUUUAUAUGUCAAUGACAAUAAUUAGGCAUCAUUUAAAGGCGGAGAUCUAAAACUGCUCAGCUGCGCACAAGUUCAAGAUCAUUUGUGAUUUAUAGAUUUCCCAUCUGAAAGAAAGGGGUCAGUGCAUUUUCUGUGCUUAUGUUCGUUUUAUGAAUCACACGUACGCAUUUUUGAUAAAUGAUUGUAAGAUCAAAUGUAGGAUGGUUCGUACUCAGUAUUUUAAAAAUGAGGCCCCAAGACGGCGUUGUAACCGAAAGCUCAUAAUUAUAGUUUAUAAAGUUUGAAAUACGGAUAUUUUUCUUACAAAAUAAAAUAAUUUACCUGCUGAAGACCUCUUGGAGCCAUGUGGAUUACUUCUGUGAAAGAUGAAUGCACUUUUUGGGGGUUUAAAGUCAGAAGUUGUUCCCUUAUCCCUGUUUUCUACCAUUAUAAAGCUUGGAAGAGCAAGGACAUUUACUAUAGUUCACCCUAAAUUAAAAUUGUUAUUAUUUACUCGCCCUCCAGUUGUUACUUUCAGUAUAAAUGUCUUUGUUUUGCUAAAUAUUUUUGUGAGCAAGGUUUAAAAAAAAAAUGCUUUUUGAGCACCAUAUUUGUUUUUCCUACUAUGGAAGUCAAUGGUACCCCUGUAUUCUGCUUCAAUGCAAAUGUCUUCCUUUGUGUUUAGCAGAACAAAGAAAUUUAUACAGGGCUGUAUUUUUAUUUUUGGGUGAACUAUCCCUUUAAGGGUUACUUGCAUGUAAUUAUGCAUAUUUUACUGUUAUGACACAUAUCAUAUAACAAAGUCUUCUUAUUUUUUAACCCAUUUACACCCUUCUAUCUGUUCAUAUAUCAUGAAUGAAGUCAAACACUUAAUUUGAGUGGCUUUUCCCAAAUU